CAAACCGAGGAUGACUCCUUCCGCCUUCAUCCCGUUCCCGCACCGUCGCCCGUCUGCGGACUCGUCCACUCACUCGAUGCUAGAGUUCCAAUGGCUGCGGGGGAAGAAGACGGACAUCACAAUCAUGCGUUCGAUCUGGACGAGCGCGUGGAUGAUCAACCCAGGGCGAAGGCGCCCGAGGCCUCAGAGGACGGGCACCGGCCGGCCUACCGCGUGACCGACGUCCCUCCCUGGUACCUGUGCGUGUUCCUGGCGGUGCAGCACUACCUGACGGCGUUCGGCGGCAUCAUCUCCAUCCCCCUCGUCCUCGCCGAGGGUCUGUGCCUGCAGCACGACGGCCUGACGCAGAGCCGCCUCGUCAACACCAUCUUCUUCGUCUCGGGCCUGUGCACCGUGCUGCAGGUCACGCUGGGCGUGAGGCUCCCCAUCCUGCAGGGAGGCACCUUCGCGCUGCUGGCGCCGGCGAUGGCGCUGCUGACCGGGCCCCAGAUGGAGUGCCCGGCUUGGACCCAGAACGCCAGCCUGGUCAACGCGUCCUCCCCCGUCUUCAUAGAAGUGUGGCAGACGCGCAUGAGAACGCUGCAGGGCUCCAUCAUGGUGGCCUCGCUCCUCCAGAUCGUGGUGGGCUUCUCCGGGCUCAUCGGCCUCCUCAUGCGCUUCAUUGGACCCCUGACCGUCGCCCCCACCGUCUCCCUCAUAGGACUGUCGCUGUACGACUCUGCCGGGGCCAAGGCCGGCAGCCACUGGGGCGUCUCCGCCAUGGCCAUGGGUCUGAUCAUCCUGUUUUCCCAGUACCUGCGUCUCGUCCCAAUCCCCGUUCCCGCUUACAGCAAAGCCAGGAAACUCCACAGCUCCAAGUUCUAUGUCUUCCAGAUAAUGCCUAUUCUGUUGGGGAUCGCGGUUUCGUGGUUACUCUGCUAUCUUCUCACGAUCUACGACGUCCUGCCGGGGGACCCGUCUCGGUACGGCUACCUGGCUCGCACUGACGUGAAAGGGAGCGUGGUGAGCGAGGCCUCCUGGUUCACACUGCCCUACCCCGGGCAGUGGGGGACGCCGACGGUGAGCCUGGCCGGCGUGUUUGGGGUCAUGGCCGGGAUCAUUUGCUCCAUGGCGGAGUCCGUGGGGGACUACCACGCCUGCGCCAGGCUCUCCGGCGCUCCUCGCCCCCCCAGGCACGCCAUCAACCGAGGCAUCGGCGUCGAGGGGCUCGGCUGUCUGUUAGCGGGGGCCUUCGGCACCGGCAACGGCACCACCUCGUUCAGCGAGAACGUGGCGGCGCUCGGCAUCACCAAGGUUGCCAGUCGGAGUGUUAUUCUUCUGAGCGGAGUUUUGAUGAUUCUGAUGGGGAUGCUGGGGAAGAUCGGAGCCAUCUUCACCACCAUUCCGACUCCGGUGAUCGGAGGGAUGUUCCUGGUCAUGUUUGGGGUCAUAACCGCGGCCGGGAUCUCUAAUCUACAAUCCACAGACAUGAAUUCUUCCAGGAAUGUUUUUGUUUUUGGGUUUUCCAUGUUUUCUGCACUCGUCAUUCCAAACUGGAUCAUGAAAAAUCCUAAUUUCUUAGACACAGGGGUGAAGGAGUUGGACCAAGUGUUGCACAUAUUGUUGACCACUCAUAUGUUUGUAGGAGGCUUCCUUGGCUUCUUCCUAGAUAACACCAUUCCAGGGACCAGACGUGAGCGUGGCCUCUGGCGGGACGAAGUGCAUCCCGAAGACUCCGACGCAACCUUUGGACCUGAGCACAUUUACGACCUCCCGCUCGGCAUAACGUCCUGCCUCUCAUCCCAGCCGUGGGUUCGUCACAUCCCUUUCUGCCCUGGGAGGAGCCUCAGGUCCCACUCACAGAGCCCGGAGGAUGAGCUCAGCACAGGGGUCACCGACGAGUGCGCUUUGUAACGCCUGAUCCCGUUAAUCGAUGCGGUAAACGUAUGUGUAACCCACGUCUGAGCAGAGAUAUUAAUCAAUAUAAAGAACUCACAACAGAACACACGGGAAACUAGAAUAACACGCUCUGCUCCGCUUUCAAAGGAAAUCCAAUUUAGCCCGUGGAUAAAUUUGUUAUCACGCCGUCCUAUCUCCACGCUCAUCCACGCGGCUGCAGCCCCCCAGCUGUUAUUGUGUCUCCUUUGACAAAAGCAAACGGCGAUAACACAUCGCCGCAAUCUUUCUCGUUGUCUUUCACGCCUUCGUCUCGCACGCGCUGGAUUCAUUUCCGCCGCGGGUCCACCGUUUUGACGGACAGGUGGCGCGAUGCGUUUGGGUCGUGACGUGGUCGGUUUUCGCCCUCAGGCCCGUUUGAAACCGCUGGGAUGUGGGUUCUGAACCACACAAAAGCACGAGCGCAAAGAUGUGAACGGCACUUCAGACGUCACAUCGUGGAAGUCACGGAAUAAUUAAUUUUGUAAGGUGGUGUUCUGGAAAGAUAUUCACGCUAGAGUUUUAUGUAACCAGCGAUCUGCAUUUCAAUGGGAAAAGAUAAUUCCUCAUCACUGAUGGCCUAUGAGGUACCAGCUGCCUCAACUCUUUUACUUUCUCUUUACAAAAUCUACAUUACGUUUCUACAUUUCAGGCAUUUUAUGAGAUUUAUUGUAAGUUCUUGAAGACUUUCAUCAUUUUGACAAAAUCAUUACUGAAAGUGUGAUUUGGUGAUCAGAGUAAGAGGAAAAAGGGGGAGAGAGAGAGUGAUUGUGUAUUUAUGAGGUGGGGACGGACGAUAGUGCAGAUAAAUGUACUUCAACACUUCAACAUAAAUAAAUGACUAAAAUCAUUUUCAAACCCACGUCCACUUAUCGACUUACUGAUGUGUUUUUUUUAUUAUGAAAGCUGUAAUCUGUAUAAUUAUGGCGUCCUUGCUCACUUCCUUUCUGCCUUGUGUGCUGGAAUGCCAAUAAAACUGCGAUAUUUUAUUCUGGGCAUCCAGCAAGAAACAACAUUUCAACUGCAUUUUGAAGAUGCCCUGAAGGCAACAUUUUCACAGGCUGGCUGUGAAUGCAACGCCA